UCUAAUACAACGGUGGCUUUGUCGCUACUCUUCGUAUUUACCAUAGAAAACGAACAGACGAACAAAAUGCGAUCGCUUCUUCCAUUUGAGCGUUUGUAAGUUAGUUUGUUUGUAAGAACAAAAAAAAAUUUUACCGCGCGGAAGUGAAGAAAGAGAAAAACAAAGAACGAAAACACAUGAGAGACUUUUUGUGGAAAAGUUAUUGCAUUUUUCUUCUAUUCCAAGUAUUUCAUAAAGUUGACAUUAAAAAAGAAAACCUAUACAUUAAUUUUGAUGUUGCAAUAAAAAAAUUAUUUGAAUAUUUGAGAAUGACAUAAAUGAGCUGAAUAAAAAUAACAACAGCAACAACAAAAAAAUUAUACCGGAGCGAUUUGAUUUGGAGUUUUGUGUGCAAGCCGGAACAGAACGGCUCUUCGCAUUCAAAUUGUUUUGAAUACAGUUUAUGUGAUUGUAUUUUUGCCUGCCAGUGACGAUCGCAUAAAUUAUCAAAAAAUAUACACACAAAAGCGAAAAAGAUUCUUCACCCAAAAAUUUAUUUGUCAUCAACAUUUGAAUUAAUUAAAUGGACGAACAAAAUUUGUGAUUUUGUGGUUUUCAUUUCAUCCAACCAAAUUCGCGCAUACCGACCAUUAUCAAUUUUUUUGGUUUUGUUUUCGUUGUUUGGUCGUUAUUAUUUCUGUGCGCCACCGUUAAAAUAUCACAGUGAACGUGAUUACAGUUUUUGGCAAUUAAAUUCGCUUUGAGCCGAAAUUUAUGAGGAUUUUCCCAGAGUGUCUGUGUACCGAACACUUGAAAUUUGUGUGUGCUUUUUGGAUGCUCCCUCCGGAUGCAUUUUAAACACUACGUGUGUGCAUAAUGAUGAAAGUAGUGCGAAACAAAAAAUAAUAAUAUAAAUACGGUUUUAAGCACACACAUACAUUGAUGAAACUUGCUUUAACCGAUUAUGGAAAAUGAAUUUUAACACUGGCUUCUUUUGUGUUUUUCUCACCGUUUGAGCUUCGAUCGCUGCGAAAAUAAAUGCUGAAAUUAUUAAACAACAACAAAAAUUAAACAAAUUCCAAAUUAAGCAAAAUAGCAUUUAUGUGAAAUAUCCGUUUGACAAAUGAUAACACAGCCAACACCAUUAAGUGCUUGUUUACGACUGUGAUUUUUUUUUUUGAUUUUUGUUCUGCUAAUGAAUGUGAAAAGAGACGAGAGAAGAAAAAAAACUUCGGACAUCUACAAUAUGAAUGACUUUCAAGUGUAAAUCAAAGUAAAUACCGAACGAAUCAAAAUCACAACCACAAACAAAUAUUCGUGUUGAUUAACAGAGAGUGGAAUGAAAGAAAAAAAUCGAACGGCAAUUUUUUUUCUAUUAUCGCUAAAUUUUUUCGAUCGAAUUCCAAAUUAAUUGUGAAUUAAUGCAAAUUUCAUAAGUUUUCAUUUCACCAACAUUGGCUCCACAGUGUGCUUCUUUAAAAAAAAAAUUCAUUUGUUUCCGAUACGACAUUGAGUGAAACCGAAAUAGAAAUAAAAAUUCAAGCGAGAAAUAAAAAGAUGACCAAAAAUCAAGUUGAAGCAGAUACAAAUGUUUAAGAACGAAAAGAACGCGCAAAAUUACGAUAAAAAUCGAAUUGUGAAUUUAUAGUUAUGUUAAAGAUCCAUUUAAUAUCAUUUUCGAUGAACAAGAGAGCAAAGUAUUCAGCUUCUUUGUCACGUUUUUGACAUAUUCUCAGAAUAUUUACAUUUUUUCAUUUUGUUUGCCAUAAAUUAAAAACCGGAAAAUUAUUAAAGCAACACUGCGAUCAGACCAACAAAAGUAAAAAAAAUUAUAAACACCAUAAAAUAUGAAUAUGAAAAAUUGAGUUUGAGCAAGAAAGAAAGAAAAAACGAUUGCAACUGUUAUAUCGAGAAGCCAGUGAUCGAGCGCUCAAUCAAUUGAUUUUAGUGUAAUUGAUUUCAAGUGGGAAAUAUUGUGAAAACAAAAAUAAAUGUCGAGUGUUAACGCUUUUGAUGUUAUGAGAAAAAAAAUAUAUAUGUUGAUAAAACACGUCAUUGAGUGAAAAUAUUGAAAAAGAAUAAAAAAAAAGAAAUAUUCUUGACUGGAACAAGUGACAUAUAAAACAUAAACAAGCCAAUAAUUGAUACUCGAUCCACUUUUUUUGGGGUGAUUCAGAACGACAUAUUGCAGCAGAUUGGUUGAGUUUAUUUUGUGACAACAUACACUGCCUGUGAAAUCAAAACGCAACUUGAAAGGAUGCGAAGUACAUCAUUUCCAUUGAUUGAGUAAUUAGAUGUAACAACAAAGUCGUAAGAAGAGAGCCAGAGAGAUAUGCAUUGUUAUAUGCGGGCGCAUUAUCCAUUGGUGUACCAGAAGACAUAGAGUUGGAAACCAAUUUGUGUUUACACAUAUACAUAUAUGGAUCGUUUUGUUGAAAAAAAAAAGUGUAUAUAUAUGUGUGUGUAUCUGAAAAAUAAAUGUUCACUUGAAAAAUAAAUCGAAUCACUGGUGCUUAUGACAUGAAAAACUGAGAAACUCAAAAAUACCACAACUAACCGUAUAAAUAAAUGAACGAAUUGAAAUAGACGAGUGUUUGCGUGCGAAAGAAAAUUGAAGAAAGGAUGAGAAAAAUUCUUAAAUCGAAGCUGAAGUGUAGAAAAAUUUAUUCAAGUUGUAGCAUCUUUAUUAGGUGAUGACAAGAGGAAAAUUGCAUUGUCACUCGAUUCGCGCAACAAAAACACGAAGAAGAAUAUAGAAGAUGUACGAGCCGCAACCAUAUCGCUUAUCUUGAAGCAUUUUAUGGAAAAUGAUAAUUAUUGAUUUUGACGACAGUAUAUUCAGAUUGCACUUAUCCAUACAAUUAAAGAGAAACGGUUGUUAGCGAAAGAGAGAAAAGCAAGAAAAGAAAUAAAACUCAAAAUUCCAAACGAAUAUUGUAUAUUUACAUCUUGAGAAAACGAGAAAAAUAAACGUUCCAUUUCGCCAAUUCAUUUUUAGAAGAAGGAGAAAAAGAUAUCUAGUGAAAACAAUCAAGGGAGAGAGCCAAUAAUCUCUAUUGCGAAUCGUGUUUUUAAGAUGAGAUGAGAUGAAACAUAAUAAUGAGAAGCAGCCGUUAUUCAAGUAUCUACACCAGUUAUGUCUCGACACUGCUAAUAGAUAUCGUUAAAAUACCCUCGGGGAUGAAAUCAUGAGAAUGUUUCAUUUGCAUUUUUUUUCUUUUCGAGUGACGAGCGUUUGUAUUUUGUUGUGAAAACUUAAACCAUUUUUGCUAUUAUAGCCACGCACAUACACAUCGAAACAGCGAGUUGAUUCAUGCAAUCAAUAUUCUUGAACAGAAAAUUUAUUGUAUCUGUGGCACGCACCCUCUGACAUUCAGGUGUCAUCAAUGUUUAGUCAUUCGAUGAAAUAUUAUUCGUUGAACACCGUGCAACCGAUCAUUUUCCAACGACUGAGCAUCUGAUGAAAAGCUUGGCUUUGGAUGUUGCUCUUGAUAUUAUUUUCUAUUUUUGCGCAUUUUUUUUUCAUUCGUAUCGUCUGUUGAUGUGACCAUCACAUUAUAUAACGUUUGCUUUAAGAAGAAGAAAAAAAAACACAACAACUGUGCACUGGUGUGCGCUGAAUUGAUUUUUAGCGGUGAAAUAAAAUAGCAAAUAUAACAGAAAGUAGAGAUGUAUCAAGAUUGAUUGAAAUCAACAGAAAGAAAUUAGACGAAAAGAAAAAGCAGAGGCCAACAGUAGUACUUUAAGCAACAAGAACAAAUAAAAAGACUAAAGAUAGGUCGAAUAAUGCGAAAGGCGGCAAUGAUAACAUCACAUCAGUCGUAAAUAAAUAUAUCAUUCGUUUUCGCUUUUUUUUUGCUUGAUUUAGAUGAAAAAUGAAGCAAAAACGAAACAAUACAGCAACAGUAACAAUCAUAUAAUUUCAUUUGUUUUUCGUACGGAGGUCGGUUUAUGUAUGUGAAAAAUAAGUGGUGAAGAAAGAAAAACUAACUCACAGCAGAGUGAAGCGAAAACUGCAACGAAUGAAAAUUGGUUGGUGUGAAUAAAGUAAAAAUAAAGAACAAAAAAAAAAAUACGAAGCAUAAAAACAACGACGAAGACGAUGGCGUAAGUGAGACACAAACAUAAAGUACAGAAGAAAAAAAACCAAUCUGAAAAAAAUAGAAAGACAAGUGCAAUAACAAUAACAACCACUGAAAUCUAAGUGGAAGAGAAGUCAGUGCAUAUAGAAUUUCUCAUACGGAAUCGAAAACAAUACAAUUCUGCAACAAAAGCAAGUGCUUUUCUACAAAUCCAGUGUGAAGAAGGAAAAAUGAAAAUAACAAUACAUUGAGAAUGUUCGUUAUCACACACACACACACACACAUACGCACAUAGAACAAACAAUAACAACAAAAAAAGAGCGACAUAGCAAACAAUCCAUGCCAUUAGACGAUUUGUUAUUUUAUUCAUUUUGAAGGUGUUGUUUCAUCGUUCCUUUCCAUUAUACGCGUUUUUUCCUACUCCUUCUUUCAUUCAUUCUAUUAUUUCCUUUCCUUUCCUUUCGAGGAAAGAACAACAAAUACCGAAUAAAAAGUCGGAAAUAUUUGUAUGGAAGGGGUUUCUGCGUAACUUUCGUAUCAACGGGAUAGUGAAGUUUCAUUGUACAAUUUUUCCAGAUAGAUCCGUUUUUUGUCUAUCGAACACUUGAAACCGGAAAUCCAAACCGUGGCACAACACCGGAGCAGUUCAGAUCAAAAGCUUGAAAACAAACGAGAGGCAAAAAAGCCAACAACGCUAGACAGAAAAUAAGUGCAGAAAAAAGAAGAAAGGAGAAGAAAGACCAACGUUCAUGGUCUAUAGUGUAUCUUGUGUUGUGUGGCAGAAUAACUAAAAAACAACACACUCUGUAAUACACUGAAUACGAAAAGUAUACGCACAUUUGCUGAAUUUGAAACACGAGACAAACAAACUCACUACCGGAAAAACGAACUAUAGAAUGCAUGAGGAAUUCGUUGAGUAUUUUUGAACGAAUGAAAAAUUAACAAACACCCAGAUCACACAUUCACACAAAACAUUGAAACAGAAUAGAAAGAAUGAAAUAGAAUCUGUAUUGUACCAUUGACAAUCAAGAGUAAUUUAUUGAAAUAAAGAAAAGAAAACAAAAUUACGCAUUCUCUAGCUUACAUGUACACGAAUAGUAAGAGAUUUUUGAGAAAAUUUAGGCGAGCGCGCGCUUACAUGGUUUUUUGUUAAGAAUACGGGUGAUUCGUAAAAUAAGGUAGACGGAAGUGAAAUAAAUACAUUCAAUCUAAAAAAACAAACGUUAAAUAUAACGAUAGCGUGAAACAAAGAAACAACGGAACAAGAACAACCAAAGCAAGAGAGAUAGAGAAAGGAAAGAAAAAUGGCUUACGUUAACGUACGGUGUCUUCGGCAACAGCGAAUAUCCACACAAAUCAUGUUCGCUAAUAAUUUAGUGAAAACGGUGUCGAAUUCGAUCAUUCAGUGGUUCAUUUAUUCAUGCAUUUUAAGUUUACUGUUAAAUACCAAUUGUGAUCUGACCAAAGUGCAUGCAGCAUACUCCGAAGCAGACGACCUGUUAAACGAACUGGAUCGCCCAAUACCCAUAACGUCAGUUCGCGGUGUAUUAGGUAGACAAGCAAUGUUGCCGUGCGACAUAGACCCGUUGGAAAAAGGUGAUGUGGUGUUCAUGGUGCUUUGGUAUCGAGAAGGAGACAACGAACCACUGUACCAUUUUGAUGUGCGCGGUCGACCCAUUGGACAGGCAAAACUUUGGUCAUCGCCGACGGUGUUCGGUUCCCGGGCUUUCUUCAGUACCGCAAAUCGUCCAGCACAAUUAAAAGUUGACAGUAUUCAACUGGCCGACGAAGGAAUGUAUCGGUGUCGAGUCGAUUUUCGUAAUUCUCCCACUCGAAGUUUAAAGAUCAACUUAACAGUGAUUGUUCCGCCAGAUCGUCCAAUUAUCUACGAGGCAAAGCGACGAGAAAAGGCCAAAAAUGUGGAAGCAUACAAUGAAGGAAGUGACGUUUUGCUCGUUUGCGAAGUGACAGGCGGUCGACCACGGCCAAAUGUCACUUGGUAUUUAGACAACACCGUUAUUGAUGAAUCAUUUGAGCAACGUCCCGAAGGAGUAACCGUGAAUCAUUUAUCAUAUCCAAAUAUUGGACGACAGCACGUAAACGCCCGUUUCGUUUGCAUCGCAAGUAACACAAAUCUAAUGCCGCCAAAUAGCAAAGUGCUUGUUAUCGAUGUCAAUCUUAAACCGGCCGCUGUCCAUAUUUUGGCGAAACGAACAUUUGUCUCAGCUGAUAAGACAUACGAUAUUGAAUGCAAGAGCUCUGGAUCGAAACCAGCUGCCGUAAUUACCUGGUGGCGCGGCACUAAGCAAAUAAAACGCCCUGUUCGAAAUUUUUCGGAAAAUCCAGAUAAUCAAUCACUGAGCGUGCUGACAUUCACACCAUCCAUAGAUGAUGAUGGAAAACAUUUGUCGUGUCGUGCAGCAAAUCCAUAUAUCGAGAACAGUAUAAUCGAAGAUAAAUGGUUUUUAGUCGUCCACUAUAUGCCAGUGGUAACGUUAAAGAUGGGACCGUCACUUAACCCGGAUGAUAUUAAAGAAGGCGAUGGCGUUUAUUUUGAAUGCACCGUACGAUCGAACCCAAAACCAUACAAAAUGGCCUGGUAUCAUGAUGGCGUCGAAUUGCAUCACAAUGUAACAGCUGGAAUAAUAUUAACCGAUCAAUCUCUUGUGCUUCAAAGUGUGACAAGAGCAUCGGCAGGUGAUUACACAUGUCUUGCUGCAAACACCGAAGGAAAAGGAACUAGCAAUCCAGUCACACUACGUGUACGAUAUGCACCAGUUUGUGGCUCGACUCACGAAGAAUUGCUGGGCGCACUUAAGCACGAAACACUCACACUAAAAUGUGAAGUUGACGCUUCACCACCAGCCGACUCAUUCCACUGGACCUUUAAUUCAUCCGGCGAACCAACGGAUCUUCCAGCGAGGCUGCAUUCGAGCGAGACGGGAUUUUCACGUUUGAAUUAUACACCAACCAAUGACCUAGAUUAUGGAACGAUAUCUUGUUGGGGACGCAAUGCAAUCGGAGUGCAGAAAUCACCAUGCAUAUUUCAAAUUGUUGCUGCAGGUCGACCCUUCCCAAUGCAAAAUUGUUCCGUAUCAAAUCAGUCGAGUGAUUCACUGCAAGUGGAAUGUGAGCCAGGUUUCGAUGGCGGUUUGCCACAACAAUUUCUCUUGGAAUUAGUUGAGAUGCCAGCAUUAAGACUGGCGAGAAACCUAAGUUUGCAGCGCUCACCUGUUGCAUUCUAUAUCGAUAAUUUGGAACCAGGAAGUUCUUAUCGCAUUAUCUUAUUUGCCGUAAAUGCAAAAGGACGUUCAGAACCAACGAUAAUUGAUGAUAUUACAUUUAAAGGUGUAGCCAAAUAUACAGGUCAAUCGAACUUAUCGAGUAUUCCCAUAUCACCAGUUCUUGCUGGCCUAACUCUAACAGCUGCCAUUUUGUUUGCUGUUGUAUGCAUCGUCUUGGGAGCAAUCUAUCGACGACAAUCGAACAGAAAUGCUGAGGAGAAUAUUAAAUCGGCAAAACAUACGCAAUUGCCCGUCGUACCAGCUGAUUGUCAAUUGGAAGCAACACAACAACACACACGAACCGUCACAGUUCCAUCUUGUGGCGUUUCAACGCCAAUGAUAAAUAAUUGCACAAGCGUUAACAAUGAUUCCAGACAUCAUCAAUUGAUAAGUGAUCAAGAGCCACCCGAUGGCGAUGAAACUGAUCCUGAUGUCAUUCCAAAUCAAUAUGAGAGACGACCAUUGAAAUCAUCCGCACAAGUUCCAUUGUUCCGAAGUCCAUCAGCACGGUUGGUGCAACACGACAAAUUGCUGGCUGACGAUACGUAUAGAGGUAGCGAUGGAUCAAUCGUUUGCUCUUUAGGAGGCAUGAACAACAAAGAAGUUCACCAUUACACAUUUCAACCUAGCAAACAAAUUAGUUAUGCAACAUUAAGUAGAGGGAAUAAAAGUGUAACUACAUGCAGUCCAGUUGCUGCACAGCCCGCCAUUCAAUUGCCAAUGGGUGUGAGUUUAUUGAGUCCAACCAAUCAUCAAUCGUUAGUGACGUCUUCGUUAAGUGAGUAUCGGUUUCGACCUGAAAUAGUUACAACAUCAAAUCGAAUACAGGAAAGUUGUAUAUAAAAACCAAAACAUUGACAUAAAUCUCUCCUAUCAACGUAGCAACAAGAUAGAAAUGCCAUUUUAUUUUAAAAAAAGAAACAAGUUUAAAAACACAUAAAAACUUUUAAUUUAAACAUAAAACGUGAGAACAAACGAUACAAAGAUCAAACAGAUUUGAUCAAGAUAUGAAAUUAAUGUUAUUUAAUCUAAUUGUAAUGCAUGAAAUUUGAGAAAAAUAGCUUAAGAAAUAGUUUAGCCUAAUUGAAAGUAAAAUUGAAGUCUCCAUAACGUAUUUGUACAUUAAGGUUCUAAAAUAAGUGAUCAAAGUAUAUCAUUAAAGUAUAAAAAAGAAGAAGAAAAAAACACUACACAUUCAUAAUAAGAAGAGUAUUUAUUGAGAAAAUUCAUAGAUGCUUUAACAAAAAACCUUACGUGUAUUUAAAAAACAAAAACCAUUUAUUACAUGUCAUUCAUGGAAACAUUAAUCUCGAAAGAACAAGUAUUAUCACAACAUAAUUUAAAAUCAUCCGACGAUAAAAUUACGUAUUAAGUAAGAUAAAUAAAAAUACAGAUUGGAAUACGGCGUAUGUAUUUAGUAUAUGUUUUAGCUAAAGGUAUGUUUUAUUCAAUACAAAAAAAAACACACACACACAACAAUAACAAAAUUCAAUAUUAAUCAAAUGAGUAUAUAUAAACAUAAAUAUAAUUAAAUGAGAAAAAAAUAAUUAAAAAAAAACUAUAUAUAAAUAUGCAUAAAUGGAUCAUAUAUGUAAAGAAAAUUUACGUUAUAAGUGAAAAAAAGAACAGGUGAUCUAAUUAAUCAAGCCAUUCUAUUCUAUAAAUAAAGAAAAAUCCAGGAAGAACAAAAAAAACGGUACACUGUAGUUUGUCGCAAAACUUCGAAUGUUAAAAAAACAAAAUAAUGUCUUCAUGCAUAGAGAAGCUAAUGAAACUGUCUUACUACUUAAAAAAUGUCAGUUUUUUGUUUUUUUUUUGUGAACAUGGCCUAGUCCGAAUACCACCUUGUAUAAUGCAAUAAACUACAAUUAUACGAACAAAAUAA